AUGGCAACGAUAGUCGGGGACAGCCAUGCUGCAAAGAGACUUAAGACGGCGCCGUUAAGCCGCCCAAUCCUGAAUGCUGCAGCCAUCUUCCAAGCCGGCGUUGCCAAUAGCUGGGGCAAGAGAAACCAGCUCGUCGAUCCACAUCCCAUGCGUCUUGCUCAUUCUCGCAGGUCUCGCCAACCCUCGCCUGCCUUACAUCACUCAUCGACGACCCUCAAUCACCACCUGGGUGGUGACACUUUCACCUUGUCCGCCGCAUCAGGUCAGAUCAGUGACCUGGGCCCCGUCGCGAAGUUGACGAACCCAAAUUCCCCCACGCCUUCUAACGACCGUCACGAAAUUCACGACCUCACGAACCCUACCCCCCAGCGCCAGCAGCAGCUGCGUAGGCAAUCGCGAACCAUCACUCCAGAUCCAGCUGAGAGACCCUCGACUCCAGCUUCAUCCCAUCGCACCCUUCGCCGUACUCCGCGAUUCGAAGCGACCCCGAGUCCCACCCCACAGUCAACCCGCCAAGUACACAUUGAAGCUGCUUCGGUUGGUUUCAGUCCCAAACCACAACUUGCGACUGCACCUGCCCCCGCGCCCGCCCUUGCGCCUGCAGCUCCCCUUAACUACGACUAUCCCCGACUCGUCGCCCACGAAGACAGACGAAAUUUCCGUACACGAAGAGUUCUCUCGCAGGAUCUGAGCGAGGACUUUCUUCUAGAAGAAUCCUCGGACGAAGCCCCGUCUUUCCGAGACCGAUCAUCCUCAUCUCCCAAUAAACGACGCGAGUCUCACCGACCUCAUCGCGUCUCUAGAAACACCCGCAGCGCCAUCCUCUUUGCCCUCGAGGAAGCGCUCCGACAGCCCCACCCGUUCACGCCCGACGAGAUCGAGGAAAGCGCAUCCAUGGCUGACCUUAUCGGAGGCGGCGCCGCCGCUUCCAAUGGCAAUGCGUCCACUCCUUCUCGCCGCCCAACUGGCGCACCCAACCCGACCAGCUCGCCUUCCGGAAUUCGUGGUCCUAGAAUGAUCAUGCAGGAGCGAGCUGCCAGAGAGGCCGCCCGACAGAAAGCCGAGCAGGAGCAGAUGCAAUUGGAGAGACAGCGAGCUGAGCAGGAAGCUCGUUUAUUGGAGGAGACUCAGAGACGGAAUGCGGAGCGCCGCGCUGCCGCCGCCGCCGCUACUGGCGCUGCCGGAGGAGGAUCUGGUGGCGCUGCCAGCGUGCCCCAGCCAGACCCCACCUCCCAACGGCGACCCGUAGCCACCGAUACCCCACAGUCCCGGCCUGUUGCGGGAGGAACCUCCCGCCAACCGGCGACAACACAGCCUCAAACCCGGCAUACCCGCACAACAUCAGGCUCUCACGUCGGCCAGCAACCGUACAGUACCAACCCUCAAGCCGGUACCACGCAGCAGCCUGCAACUGCCACUCAGGGAGGCCAGGAGACGACCGUCGCAGGAUCCAGACCCAGAAACUCCUUCCCCCAUGCUUUCGAGCGCUGGGAGACCUUGUCUGCCCACUGGGAGGGUCUGACUAGCUUCUGGAUCAGGCGUUUGGAGCAAAACAACCAGGAUAUUGACCGUGACCCUGUCAACCAGGCCCUUUCUCGUCAGGUUACCGACCUUACCGCUGCAGGUGCAAACUUGUUCCAUGCUGUCGUCGAGUUGCAGCGUCUCCGUGCCAGUUCCGAACGCAAGUUCCAGCGCUGGUUCUUCGAGACCAGAGCAGAGCUGGAGCGAAGCCAAGAAGUCAAUGCCAUGCUGGAGCGAGCCCUUGAAGAUGAACGACGUGCUAGAGAAAACGCCGUUCAGGCCGCCAUCCAGAAGGAGAGAGUCACCUCGGCUAACGACGAACGCGUCAAAGAGAUGAAGAAGGAGCUUCAGAUCUCCAAGGAGGAGGCCCGUCGCGCUUGGGAAGAGCUCGGACGCCGUGAGCACGAGGAGAGAGAAAGAACGCAGUCUCUGCAGAGCGGCCAGCCCACUAUCGUGGGCGGUGUUCAGGUUGUGCCCAUGACCCAAGGUGUACCCAGUCGCCACGGCAGCUCUCGUGAGCAGCGCGGAUAUCAGACCGAUUACAGCGGCCAGCAGAGCGGCUACACGGGCGAGUACUCACAAAGCCCAGCCAACCCGCCUGUCACCUCGAGCCCUGGCGGCAAUUUCUAUCCAUCUGGCGACGCAGGCCAGGAAGGCGUGAGCUACACCGGUGCUGGCUCCGAAGGCGGUUACAGUGAAGGUGAGUACACGAUUGAUGCACAGGGCCAGUUUGUUCGCGAUUCGCAGGGAAACAAAGUUCCCUUCAUUGCUCCGCCUUCCCCAGUUUCUGACGAGGGACUAGAAGAGUACGAGACUCCUGCGACCAACCCUCCUAGCGCCGGCUAUUCACAGACUCCGACGACCACAGCCAGCGGUCAGCAACAGGGCACUCAAGACUACUCCGGCUCAGGCUACGCCGCCCCGGGCUGGGAGACCGUUCCCAGACAUCAUCACCCGACGCGCCUGAGCGAUGUUAUGGAAGAAGAGGAUGAGCGAAGCCGUGCCAGCAAUAGCCAGGUCGGACGUCACUAG